AUGGUGAUUGUUUGGCCUAAAUGGCACGGGAAAGUCGACCCUCAUCUCCUUGAUCACUUCGGACCAUCCGCAGACAUAUUCGCAGCCUAUCAAAUUAUUUGGCCGCCCUCGUUUGCCCGAACCUGCCUGGACGUUGAUUCUGUUCUACGGCUUUUCGAGGCAAACCUAAACCCAGAUUUUAUCCCUUGGGCAGACUUUCUCAAUUCCAAUACCGAAACCAAUACCCCAAAAGUGGUUCCAUCCACGAAGUGGGCAAACUUCCUCGAAUUCUCCUCCCUUUCAGUCGCCCAGCAGCGCGUUAUUCUCUUCCUCCAGGCCCUCAUCCACAGACCUGACCUCAUUAUUCUCGACGAAGCUUUUUCCGGCAUGGAGUCCUUCCUGCGUGACAAAUGCUUUCACUUCCUUGAAAUGGGAAAGCAGCUCGCUCAAAGUAGCGGCUCCAGGAGAAAGCUCAACUACGCUGAUGUGUGGCAUCUACCAAACUCCAUAGCGGAUUCGAAGUCACAGUUAGCCCGCUACACGGGCAUUGCAGAUCAUCAGGCCCUGGUUGUCAUCAGCCAUAUCAAGGAGGAAGUCCCUGAUAUCGUGAGUCACUGGAUGCGGCCUCCAACACCAGCCAGCACAGCAACGGGACCUGUUACACCCAAUGAAUUGGCGCUGGUGAUGAAUUUCAAGGUUGGCCAGUUGAAAGCUCAAGAAGCUGUCGCGGUACAUGCAUGGGAAAAUAUUUGGAGGCCUAACUAG